AACACACACACACUGACUUUGAAUGUUUGGUAAAAGGACUUUAAAACGGUAGUUUUGAAAUCAACUAAAUUGCACCAUUGAAGAAGAGGUUGAAAAAAUGGAUACUGUAGUUUACUGAUGAAACCCAAAAAAGCAAGCACAACGUAUUUUCUUAUACUCAUGCAUUACCUUUUUGGUAAACUUAUUUCAAAAAGAAAUAGAUAAAUAUAUUCUGUUUGUAUUAACAAUGUCAUAUCGGAGAAGUUCAAUAAGCAUUACGGACACAUCAAAAGACACAUUUGAUGGCAAUGUGUUAGCUCCAAUCGAACGAUUUAGUGUUUUCAGUGCAAAUGUAUCUACAAAAAGAGGACAAAAUUGUCAAAUGUUAAAGAUUAUAGCGCUUGUUAUAAUCCCAAUAAUUGCAAUGGUCAUAGAAAAUGCCUUUAAAAUAUCAAAAGAUGAAGAAAAAUUGAAUCAAGAAAAGAAAGUGCGCGAGCAAAUAUCUUUUAGUGUCGAGAUUGGUCUACUUGUUCACUAUUUACAAAUCGAAAGAGGGACUACUGCCUUAUAUAUUAGUUCAGGUGGGAGUCUACUAGCUUAUGCCAGUUUAAAAACUAAACGACGUGAUACUGACUCCUCUCUUGACGCGUUAAACGAAUGGAUAGCGCUUUCUUCUCCAUCUCAUUUACGGUCUCGUGAUGCUUAUCGUAUCCAUCUUCAAAACUACAGAAACAGUCUUGACCAUCUGAAUACAACGAUCAGCGCUGCCAUAAAAUUUUACUCAAAUGAUAAUGCACUCAUAAUUGGAUGGGUAGUUUCUACUGUUAAAGAAUCCAGCAGUGGAAUAGCUUGGCAGUCUUUGACUGCAUAUCACAUGUUAUUGAUCAGCAAGGAAGAGGCAGGAAUUGAAAGAGCACUUGGAAGUACAUUUUAUGCCAGAGAAGGUAGUUUCCCUCUCGAAGAUUUACUAUGGUAUACAGAAAAGAAAACACUAGGGGAAACAUACUUACUUAGAAGUAUGCAAUAUUCAGAUUCAGUAAAAAGGAUGUUAGAUAUUUACUACACACAUACAGACCUAGCAUUUGAUGUUAGAUAUUUACUACACACAUACAGACCUAGCAUUUGA